CAUCAUUGCAGUACUGAGAAGAAAGUCCUGCGCUAGUCCAAAAGCCUCAGACACACACACACACACACACACACUCAUCCAGAAAGAAGAAGAAGAAGCAGAAGAAGGAGAUCCUGACCUCAGAAGCCGACAUAGCAGAGACUCGUAUGGUUUAUUUUAUGCUGACUCCAUAGCAUCCUUUUUUCUCUUGGAAGAAAAUACCGCGUGUUGAUUCCGGACACAGAUUGCGCGUGCGUGUGCGUGUGCGUGUAUAUACGUGUGUGUGUGUGUGUGUGUGUGUGUGUGUGUGCUGGCAGGACUCGGUUGACACUCGGUUCUAGGUGAAUUAUAGCUGCUCGUAAUGCGCCACUCCGGCUGAUGCUCCAGCUGCAGCAGUGAGCUCUGCGCUCCUCUCCCAGCAUCCCCCCAUCAGAGCCAACCACACUGCUCAUCGGGCAAUUCUGGCCACUUUUUAAUCCUCCUGGCAUCCUCUUCUCCACUUUGCUGCCAUCUCGUUGACUUAAAACCCUUCCCCUUCAUCUCUCCCUCCUCUUCCUCCUCUUCUGUACCCAGGCGAAAGUGCUGCAGAGAGCAUGUCAGCUCCAGCUCCAGAUGCUGCAGCUCCUGCAGGAGCUCCCGGGGCUCCUGGCGCUCCCGGGGCAGAAGGAGCACCAGGCACAGGCCCUCCUGCCCCUCCUCCCAACACCAGCAGCAAUCGCCGACUACAGCAGACACAGGCGCAGGUGGAAGAGGUUGUAGAUAUUAUGCGUGUGAAUGUGGAUAAAGUCUUGGAGCGGGACCAGAAACUGUCAGAGCUGGACAACAGGGCUGAUGCAUUGCAGGCUGGAGCCUCUCAGUUUGAGAGCUGUGCUGCCAAGCUAAAGAACAAGUACUGGUGGAAGAACUGUAAGAUGAUGAUUAUGAUGGGGAUUAUUGGAGUCAUAGUGGUCGGAAUAAUCUUCUUGUAUUUCUUCUCAUGAGCUCACCCAGCUGACAGAGAUAAGAAAACAAGUUAAAGAAGGCUGAAGAACAACAAAGCAUAAUGAAAAGCCCACUCAUAAAGUCCAUGCCUUUUCCUGUUCCCUCUCUCUUUUUACUAUCAAGGCCUCUCAUUCCAGCCAUCUGCUACUUCUUAGUGUGACAGUAGUCAUCAGAUUCACAAGAUUCCUUUUCUCCCAUAAUCUGCUAUGCUGUUCAUUGACUCUUUCAUUAUGAUUUCCUCUAUCUUAGAAUCUUCCUGUCUUAGAAUCUCUGACAUCACACACACACACACACACACACACACACACACGCACAGGGACAUAGACCGGGAGUGUUUGUGGGAUUAGUCUGAUAAAGGGUGGGAUGCUGUGAGCCUCUGUUGUGAAGGUGUGACAUGGAGUUUAAGUGAAUGCCAGAGCAUCCUCAGCUGACUUUCUAAAGCCUUUGGAAAUUAGUAAACUGAUCUCAGCAUAUACAACAUAUGUUGCGCCUUCCUACUGUCACAACCUUUAUGGCCAUCACCCCAUCUGCUUGUAUUUAUUAGUGUCAACAAGAUACAUGAGAAGAAAUUUAACCUACCUUUAUUGUGUAUGUGUAAUUGUCGUUGCAAGCAUUGCUGAUAGAAACUCUUUUUCAGAUAUACUGCUAUACUUAGAAAUAUCCCAUUUAUUUAUCUGCUGUAGAACGAAUAACGAAAAAAAGGGAGAGGUAAACAGGGAUGUGAGGGAGAAAAGUCAGGGAAGAUUUUUAAAUAUUGGUUCGGGAAAAUAACGCGUACCCGCGUAUACGCGCACACACACACACACACACACACACACACACACACACUGCACUCACAAGGCAUGUAUACAUACAUAUCGCGGACCUAUACUGUAUGACAUCUUAGGAUUUCUCUUGUUGACAAUAUUUUAAACAAUUUUAGUUCUUUAGUUGAAAAAUAACACAAAACAAAAAAGGUGUUAAAACAUACAUAGACUGACCUACACAAACCAAACCAUAUUUGAUAAGCAGGCCCACAUUCACACACACACACACACACACACACACACACACACACACACACACACACACACAAACAAUUAGUAAUUAACUUGUGUCUAAUGACUUGCAUGGAAGAUUGGACACAUUGUAAGACUUCAUUUCCUCAACUCCUACUGCCUAAUGUACAGCCCAAAUAGAAACAUGUCAUUGCUUCCAUGAAAACUCUGCAGUGUACAAAACAUAAGAUCUGUGAGCCUGCCAAAAACAUACAAUGGCCUGCUACAUUUCUGAGAAAAUGUGAAGAGGAAAAAAAAAAAACCAAGUAUUUGACUUGCCAUGUAGUAUGCUAUUUUAAAUCAAAUGUCCUUCAUAUGCAACAAUUUUAUUAUUUUUCUAUGCAGUAAAAUUGCAAGAGCUUUCAGUUUCCAUUUUGCAGGUGGAUUCAAAGAGAUUGUAUUGCACAUUGCUAAAUGUAAAUGCCAUUUAUGAAAGAUUUAGCACUGACCAAUAGGAAAGCAAAUCACUUAUGACCAUGUAGAGAACCCAGAGAAGAAUUCAAAAGCAUGCCGAUUUGCUCUAACACUUUUGCUGAUGCUAAUAAAGAAAUUUAAAAACCA